ACGGAAGAGAGCCUAACAGUCAAGUUAUUUUAGGCAUGUCCGCUGCUUGGACCCAUACGUCAGAUGUAACAAAAUCCAGGUGGGGCGACAGAUUUUACAACAGGGAACCAGAUUUUUUUUAGAGCGGCAACGAGGAGACCCAUUUUGACAAAUUCUCUCCUCGCCCUCGCCUCCACUUUUGAGCCACAGACCCGAGCGAUCGUGCCCCGGCCCCCGAUCCUGAUUCCCACAAAUUUCCGCCAUGGCGAUCCGCCCGGACUGAUGCCCGAUUCUCCAUCUGACGAUCCUCGGUAAGCCUUCGCCCCCCGCUGGUUUGAUCCUGCGUGAUUGACAUGGCUUGUCAGGUUCUUGCGGGUUCUUUUGCGUCUUUUUGUUGUGGUUGCAGAUUCGUCUUGCGUAUGAGUGUUCCGCGGAUUCCCUCGUUGCCUGGUCGAGUAUUUGUAUUUUCCAUUGGCCCAUUCGCGACGAUUCUUAAGACUCCUUCGGUUCUAUAGGGUUCUGUUACCAAUCCGUGGGUUUUCUAUUGCAGAAUUGAUCUUUUUUCUUGCGAAGUCUUCGACCACUCUAGUGCGCUCCUUUGAUUCUCUUCUACCCCUGCGAAUUUCGUUGCUGAACGUCAUCUGUCCGCCCGCAUGGUCUUCUUCUGGAGGAAGAUUGGGGGGAAUUCUGGUGGGGUUCGUGUGGGCGCGUAGGGCCCCUGACGACCUGGCCUGACGCAUCAGCGGCGAGCCAUGGCUCCGGCUUCCGUUCCAGCUCUACCUACAGCCAUGGAUACUAAGGACGAGGGCGACGGUGGCUCCAAGAACCAAAACAGCGUGGUGGUGGUGAAAUCCGAGGUUGUCUGCACGAAUGGUGGCCCUCUGGUGGUCGGGACUGAACUUGUGAAAUACGAGGGAGGUGAUACCACUGAAUGCUCGAGCUCGUUUGGUGACACCUGCUCUGGAUUUGAAGGUGAGGCAGACAAUGGUGAACCAGAAGUGAAUUCUAGCCUGUCUGCUCAUGCCAAUGGUGUUGGCCCCUCAAAACCCCCUAGAAGGAAAAAGGUGAUGGCUGAGUGGAGCAAUUCUGUUCGUCCAAUUCAGUGGAGAUGCCACUGGUUAGAGUUGCGUAUGAGGGAGCUUUCAUCUCAAAUAUCGAAGUAUGACAAGGAGCUUGCUCUAAUCAAGAAACAGAAUGAAUUACAACAGGCAGCAAGCAAAGCAAAUGGUACUAUGUCAGAAUCGAUGCAGAUUCAUAAAGGCCAUGGAAACAGUAUCAUGAAGAGGAGAAAGAGGAAGAGGCAUGAGGACAGUGUGGAUGCGUCCUUGUACAUCAACAAGCACCAGAUAUUGUCAUACUACCAUGAUAAACAAAAUAAGGGAGUUCAAACCGGUGAUCUCUUAGUUGAUGACGAUUGUGGCACAGUUGAUGGUAGUAUCAGUGGUGGACUUGAUACUACUACAUUGCUUGAUUCCGAGGAUUAUGAUAUGAUUUGUGAGCAACACGCUUUACAGGAUAUUCUCCUGACAAUUGAUGGGCUUCAGUCUCGAGUCCAUCUGCUGCAAGAUCGUCUCAGCAAAGCUCAUUCUGAAGGAGAAAAUUUGGCAUUUUCUGGGGCCGAUACUGAUGUCAGAGUGGCUGGGAAGAGACAGCGUACUCAAAAGCACUCAUUCUCUAAUACAAAGUCUCGACAUACUAAACCACAGAAAAGGAAGAAUCUAAAUAUCUUGCUGAAGGAUGAUGAUGAUGGACAAGCUCUUGCAGGCGGACCUGCUUUGGCUGAUGGGGAAACUGAUGUGCAUAUGAUAGGUGCUAGUAGGAGUACUGAAGAAAGAAGUGGAGAGUGCAAUCACUCGAGGGACAAAGCCAUCACAGUGGACCUACUGUUGGGUACUGGCAAUUCCAUAACAAAUAGUGAUAUUGGGGAUUUAUACAAUGUAAACACUGAUGAUGUCCUCAUAGCCAAUCAAGCAGCCGUUGAAGCUUGUCAGCAGUUUCAUGAGGCAAAGCAUCUGCCUUCUGGAAGUCCUUCCAAAGACAAGAUCAUUUCUGCUCCAGCAGAAAUGAAGAAUAAUUCUCCACCAGUGGAGGUGAAGAACACUUGCGGUCCAGUAAAAAUUGAGAGCUUGUGUUCUCCAGUUGAAGGAGAAAACACUUCUGAUCCAGCAUUGGAGCAAGAAUCGUUCCUUGAAAAGUCACCCUCGAGGCAGCCUGUAUCCCCGGGGAACAAGCAGGAGCUGAAACCUAAGAAAAGACGGAAGAAGAAAGGCUCUUUAUUUACUAAGAAGCAGCGGAAGGUGGACUCCAGAACACCUGAUGCAAAGGAAAAAACUGAGGGCACGCCCUCUGAUGUAGCAGAGGAAACUGAGAGCCCACUCUCUGGUGCAACAGGACCAGGAACCAUGAGGUCUUGCUGUGCUGGAAAGAAGCGCAAAUCUGGAAAUGAACCUGCAGAUGCAAAUAAAACUGGGAAGCCAUCCUCAGCAGUGAAGAAGCAGAAAACUGAAAACCCGACUGCAGCUGCAAAUGCGACAAAGAAGCGGGCCACGGAGAAGAAGCUAGAGAGCGCGAGUGCCUCCCAGAAGCUGCAGGUUGAGAAAGCUGUGCUUGUCGCUGUAAAUAGCAGGAGGAGCCAAAGGGUCCGUAAGCCCAAAGUUUUUGCUGACUGAAGAAGCAGGUAGAAAGUCUUAGGCUCUCUAUUGUGUAUGUAUCUUGUAGCCCCGUCAUCAAAAUCGGUGGCCAUAGCAACAUAGGAAGUGCCUGGAUCGCCUCAUAAGUUAGUGUACAUAUAUCAGCUAUGUCUCACCCAAAUUGUAGAUUUGUUAGUUUGUUGUUCUUAACCCUUCUCUUCUGGGCUGCCAGAUUAACAAUGUCAUGCUGUGUUAGCGUUAUAUCAAAAAGAAGAAAAAAAAAGGAGAAAAAUAUGCCAUGCAACUGCAACUUGGCCCGUCG